AUGUCUCGUACUAUCACACAGGUGGCUUUGUCUCCCCCCUUCCGCCAUCUUCUCCUCUCUCGAAACCCCCGUCUCCUUGCACCGCGCAGCCCAAACAUCGAGCUGCCAGCUUCCUUAGCAACGGGAUACCGGCCCUGUGUCAGGGCAUCCAUCGUUUCGGGAAGCCAGCCGAAUCUUGCGAUGACAGCAAAACACGGUUUAAAGCGGUCCGAGUCGACGAGCAUCACCUCGUCCACAGUGUCGCAACUCACCAGCACCCCAACGGUUGUCGGGUUUCCAAGCAUACAGCAACCAGACUGUGAAAUGGCGAGAUUACCCAAGGUUCCACGAAUCACCAACCUUCUGGAGAAGGCCUUUCCGAGUCUCGAUUACAGUCUCGAGAAGCUCAAGUCAAGAGUCACCCAGCCGGGAGCAGCGACCAAGGAGAGCAAGAAACAACCAACCACAUUACCACACGAGACUUCGGAGGAACCGAGAGGCGGCGGCGUUUACUGCAUCGGUCACAGGGCAAACAACAAAGAUGACUCCAAAAAGGGCAGGCAGGAUAACCCGCGUCGGGUCAGCGGCGUCGUCGUCCUCAUGGGCGCUUUCACCCUCCCAUUCCACCUCGGUCGGAUCGACUUCGUCAACGAACCCGCCGCCAGCCUGGGGUCCGUCGUGACUGUCUUGUCCGUCGCAUUGGUGGCCGCCGCGAUUCUGAUAUGCUUGAUGCUGGCGUCCGUCGACGUCGUGCGGCUCAUGGCGGUGGUGUUCAUCCACAUUGGGCUGUUUGCGCUGUGGGCGGCGCCUGCGAUUGGGCCGCUCACCGUGCUGGCCACGCUGGCCUCGUACCUGGGCUUCUUGUGGAGGUGA